UGAGGGGUUUAGGAUGGAAAACACACUCCACACACGCUCUAAAGUGGAAAAAAUACACACAGAACAAAAUGUCUUUAGAUAUUCAACACCAGGCUGAUGUGGAAGGGGGUUGGUUGGUUUGUAGAUGAGCAUCAGCGUUACCACAGCAACAAGACUCAGAAUCUGUCACCAAACAGACCUGACUCUGGUGUCACAGAUCAUGCGGUUUGUUGGGAUGAGUCCAGAUUGUCUCCAGAGGUCAGAAACACAAACUCAUGGAGUCCCAUAGAAGAAAGUUAGGAUGGAAACAAAGUCUCACGUUUUUAUCGAUUUGAGUUCAUUAGAAGCUAAUCUUUUAAACUUAUUAUUUUUCAUCGGUGAUCAUCAGCAGACAGAUCAGGUCACACAUAAACCGUCUCAUUUGAAGAUGUUUGUGUUAAAACAGUUUAAACUUAGCCUCUGUGCUAAGAUCUAGAGCUGUUAACGAUGAUUCAGGCACAUCUGAUUAAUCCGGCUGGCUCACAGCGAGGAAAACAGAUCCAGUUAGUUUCCAGAUGAAACCCACCAGCAGGAGGUCUGGAGGAGGGGGAGCAUUCACUAAAUACACCAUAAUGACACUGAGGAGUAAAAAUAGACUAGAUGAGAAAUUUAAGACACAAGAUCUCACAGGGGCUCAUAUGUCCCUCACACACACACACAUCAAUAAACAUUUGUUAGAGCCUUGAGUGUUUUGCACCAUGCACUGUGUGAGCAGAGGAGGCGUCUACCUGCUGAACUCCUACUGUGAGCUUCAGGAAGACAACCAGGAGAAGAAGGAGACCUACCAGGCCUGCUGGCUGGACCUGGUCCUGGAGACGAGAGCUCAGUACAGGUUGACCCUGUCAGAGACCCACAGCCUCCACAGAGAGAGUUAUACGCAGCAGCAGGUGGUCCACUUCAUAGUCUGGAGGAGUCCCAGUCAGGCUUUGAUGCUGGGCAGAGAGGGUGGGGUGCUGACGGAGCACCAGCUACCCUCCAACACCUCCGCAGCUGCUCCUACUGAAGGGUGUGUCCCACUGAGAGGGAGAGACAUCUAUCCACAGGAAGUCCUCAGUAAGCCAGAGGGGGUGGACUUCAGAGCCAUGAGUCUGGUGUCCCCUCUGAGGGAGACGUCUCAUCAACUACAGAAGAGGGAGUGAGAUUUAAAAACGUUGUGCAGCUUUUGUUCUCAUUGUUAUACAUCAUAUAUAACUGAUGUCAGUCCGUUUAUUUCUCAUGAGCUGGAUCAGAUGUCGUAUUCAAGUCUAGAAAUAUGAAAUCCAGUCUAAAAAUGCAUUUGUUGGUUUGCAAUUAUUCAGGUGCACAAAGAUUCAUAUUCAGAUUAGUUUGUGACUUUUAAAGUGACUCAGAGUUAAAAACAAACAAACAAAAAUAACUGACGAACUAAAGCCUGACAUAUGAAAUAAUAACCAGAAAACUCUAACAAAUGAAUGAGCUAUUGGCUGGUGGUGACAUAACAGUUUAUUUCAUAAUCUACUGUAAAAUUGUAUAACUAAAUAAAAGAUCCUUCUGCAGUCUUCCAUCAGAGGGCAGAAGACAUAAAAUGCAUAUUUUUGAGGAAAUCACUAAUUCUUAAUAGAAUUUCAGCUCCUAGAUUCUAACUUUGUGCAUCAGAUAUGAUUCAUUUUUAGCUUGUGGUUUAGAUUAAAACUGGUUGGAUUUUGUAUUUGUGAACUGCUGAGGCAAGAACACCAAAUAGAAUGAGACAAUCUGUCAAUCAUCUGUAAUUUAAAACUUUUACUGUUUGUGUAACGAGAAUCAACAAUGCAAACUGA